AUGCCGCCCACUACGCGUAAGAAAGCCCAGGGCUCCAACAACAACCUUCAGCCCUUGAACAUCGUAAGUGCUGGAGCCGAUGUGACCACCACUGGCGUCGCAGGUCCCAAGUACAAGGACGACGACCCGUUCGAACGUGUCUUCGACCCUCUCAUCGAUGUCCCAUCGGAUGACCACGACUCUGACCAUUCUGAUUAUGGGUCUGACAAGAAGAAACGCAAGAGAAAGCCCGACCGCGAUCAGAAGGGCAAGUCCAAGAAACGCCUCACUCGUCGCGGCGUCCUCCCUCCACCUUUUGUCCCCGAUCUCUCAGACGAUGAAUAUGCCUUGAACGGCAAUGUGACUGAGGAGGAAGAGGACGGGGGCCUUUGGUCCGUCGAAUAUCGGGAUGGUGCCAAGAAGUCUCAAGCGGAAAACAACGAGCUCUCACCGGUUCUGACAUUCGAGGCUAGUUGUGAGGGUGGCGCCAAGGCCGUUGUCAAACUCGACCUUGCGGCUCUCUUGAAGAAAUUGGGCGCUCCUCCUUCGAUUUUGCCUGCCACGCCUGGAAUUGGAGCUGCUGCGCUUACCAAGGAUGCCACCAUGGCUGUGAAGAAAGUCGGCUUCAUUGACCUACCAUUCGAGCUCCGCGUGAAGACAUACCGAUUGCUCUUCCGCGACGAUAGGGCCAUAGAGUUCGAGCGCCGCGACUUCUCACACUCUGCUCACUUUCUCCGGACUUGCAAGACUGUUCACCAAGAAGGCAGAGAGGUUCUCUAUGGUGAGAACUCGUUCCACUUCACGCGAGACACUUCCAUCCGCGGUAGAUACUACGAACAUGUGUGGAAGGAGGUCGGUUACAAGGAUAUCAGACGAUUCUUGGAAGCCAUCGGCCCUGACAACAUGGCUCAAUUGAAAUACAUCUCGUUUGUCUUCACCGAUGGUGCAGACAAUCGCACCAGACAUGCAACGCAAAUUCCAGAGCGCAAAUUCGUUAACGACCCACAUUUGCAUCACAUCUUCCGUCUUAUUGGAGAGAACACCACGUUGAGGACACUCGCAGUGCAAUUUGCCGGUCGCGCCUGGGUUUCCAACAACGACUUCCACUUCUUGAAAGCUUUCACUGGGAUGAGGUGCAACAACUUCGUCACCAUCUACCGUUUCAGAGGGCUCACUAACAAGUGCGCGUCUGAUCUCAAGAACAAGAUGAAACAAGUCAUGCGCGUGAAGCAAGAAAAGGGUGACCGAAUCGACUGGUCGGACAUCAGAAAUAAGGUGAAGAUGGUGUAUGAGGGAUCUUCAGCAUAUCCUGCCAUGCAGCACUACGCGCAUGACUGGUAA